AACGAACCCACACCCUCCACUUUCCUCGUGUAUCACACGACAGCCAAAAUACAAACAGACACAAUCCCUUCAAAAAUAUAUAUCCAUCCAUCCCGCUCUAUAAUUAUUACCAUUUUCCCUUCCCAUUCCCUUCCCCUCCACAUAUCCCCUUCCAUUCCUCUCCCAAUCCAAACCAUGAGAGAAAUCCUUCACGUUCAAGGUGGCCAAUGCGGGAACCAAAUCGGUUCCAAGUUUUGGGAAGUGAUUUGCGACGAGCACGGCGUCGAUCCCACCGGAAGUUACACUGGAGAUGAAUCGUCGUCCUCUGAUCUACAAUUGGAACGGAUCAAUGUGUAUUACAAUGAGGCUUCUGGUGGAAGGUACGUUCCUCGUGCUGUUCUCAUGGACCUUGAACCUGGUACUAUGGAUAGUAUCAGAUCCGGUCCCUAUGGACAGAUCUUUAGGCCCGAUAAUUUCGUGUUUGGACAAUCCGGUGCCGGUAACAACUGGGCUAAAGGUCAUUAUACCGAAGGAGCUGAGUUGAUUGAUUCUGUUCUUGAUGUUGUUCGUAAGGAGGCUGAGAAUUGUGAUUGCUUGCAAGGCUUCCAGGUAUGCCAUUCACUUGGAGGAGGUACAGGCUCAGGCAUGGGAACUCUCCUAAUAUCGAAAAUUCGAGAGGAAUAUCCAGAUAGGAUGAUGAUGACAUUCUCUGUUUUCCCUUCACCUAAAGUCUCUGACACAGUUGUGGAGCCAUACAAUGCCACCCUAUCCGUGCAUCAGCUGGUAGAGAAUGCUGAUGAAUGCAUGGUUCUUGACAAUGAGGCACUUUAUGAUAUUUGUUUCCGGACUCUAAAGCUUACUACUCCUAGCUUUGGAGAUUUGAACCAUUUGAUUUCUGCAACAAUGAGUGGUGUAACAUGCUGCUUGAGGUUCCCUGGACAGCUGAACUCCGACCUCCGAAAGUUAGCCGUAAAUCUGAUCCCAUUCCCACGUCUUCACUUCUUUAUGGUUGGAUUCGCACCGCUCACAUCCCGUGGUUCCCAGCAUUACAUUUCCCUCACCGUCCCAGAGCUGACACAACAAAUGUGGGAUGCCAAGAACAUGAUGUGCGCUGCCGAUCCUCGUCACGGCCGUUACUUGACAGCCUCAGCUAUGUUCCGAGGCAAAAUGAGCACGAAAGAAGUUGAUGAACAAAUGAUCAAUGUCCAAAACAAGAAUUCAUCAUACUUCGUGGAGUGGAUUCCCAACAAUGUGAAGUCCAGUGUCUGUGAUAUCCCACCAAAGGGUUUGAAGAUGUCGUCGACAUUCGUCGGGAACUCGACAUCGAUCCAAGAGAUGUUUAGGAGGGUAAGUGAGCAAUUCACAGCGAUGUUCCGUCGCAAGGCCUUUUUGCAUUGGUAUACUGGUGAAGGGAUGGAUGAGAUGGAAUUCACCGAAGCGGAAAGUAACAUGAACGACUUGGUGGCUGAAUAUCAGCAAUACCAGGACGCCACGGUCGAGGAAGAGGGCGAGUACGAGGGGGAGGAAGGUGUGGAAGAGAACUACGAGUCUUAAAAUAUUUGGGCAAUUAUUAUUACAUAUUUGCGACUUUUACAUGCUUAUGUAAUACUGUGUGGCUAUUGGUGUGUUUUUGUUUAACUCUGUAUUUCCCAGGUUCAGGAUUAUGCUGUUUGCUCUUUCCAGACUAUAUUCAACAUAAGUAUUAUCGGUUUUACUUAAUAA